GCCUGGAUGCAUUCCAAGCUGAGAAGGUUAUGGAAACUCUUCAACAGCUUGCACAAGAGGGACAUACUGUUAUCUGCUCAAUACAUCAGCCUAGAAGUUCAGUAUUUAAAAAGUUUGAUGACUUAGUGCUGCUAUCAGAGGGUUUAGUUGUUUACAAUGGUCCAGCGAAAGAUGAACCCUUAAAAUACUUUGCAAAACUUGGGUACGAAUGUCCAGAUCAUAUGAAUCCUGCCGAAUUCCUUGCCGAUUUGAUAUCUAUUGAUUAUAGCUCUGCUGAAUGUGUGCAUUCUUCGCAAACAAGGAUUGACAAACUUGUUGCCGAGUUCUCGCAGAAUUCUCUUGUUAUGGAAUGUGCAAGUCCGGUUAAUGCUUCGAAGGAUUUGAGUUUUCCAACCAAGUUCGCUAGAAAAUCCUUAACUAAACGUCGAGCCGGAUGGUGGAAGCAGUUCCGAUUGCUCCUUAAACGCGCAUGGAUGCAGGCUUUUCGUGAUGGGCCUACAAAUAAAGUCCGGACACGAAUGUCCGUUGCAGCUGCAGUUAUAUUCGGAUCCGUUUUCUGGCGCAUGGGAAGAUCACAAACAUCUAUACAAGAUAGAAUGGGACUUCUUCAGGUAGCUGCCAUAAACACAGCGAUGGCGGCACUGACGAAAACUGUAAGCGUAUUUCCGAAGGAACGAACGAUCAUAAAUCGAGAGCACGCAAAAAGAUCCUAUGCUAUGGGACCAUAUCUACUAUCCAAAUUGCUUGCCGAAAUCCCCAUUGGAGCAGCGUUUCCAUUGAUGUUUGGCUCAAUCCUAUAUCCUAUGGCUCGUCUUCAUCCUUCCUUAUCUCGGUUUGCAAAAUUUUGUGGUAUCAUCACAAUGGAAUCAUUUGCUGCAUCAGCAAUGGGCCUAACCGUUGGAGCCAUGGUUCCUACAACUGAAGCAGCAAUGGCAGUGGGGCCAUCACUUAUGACCGUGUUCAUAGUCUUUGGGGGUUAUUAUGUAAAUGCCGAAAAUACUCCUGUGAUCUUCAAAUGGAUUCCUCAGAUUUCUCUUAUUAGAUGGGCAUUUCAAGGUCUUUGUAUUAAUGAGUUCAGUGGCCUCCAGUUUGAGCAUCAAUAUGCGUACGACAUUCAAACCGGAGAACAGGCUCUGGAGAGGAUUUCCUUUGGAGGGAGUAGAAUAAGGGAUACCAUUACAGCCCAAGGAAGGAUAUUAAUGUUCUGGUAUUGUAUCACUUACUUGCUCCUUAAAAAUAACAAACCAAAAUACCAGCAACUGGAGCCUCCCCCUGCAGAGUAGUAGUUAGAUCAACACAUGGCUUAUAUGGGAGAAGUGAUUUUGAAUAAUUUGAUGUUUUAGUUACAUGUAGAAAAAAAAUUUAAUUUGUAUAAUUUCAACUUGAUCAUAUUGAGGAUCAGGCUUUAGCUUUCCAGAUUUAUUUAAUAUCAUAUAGAUGGUUAUUGAUCGUGCAUGUGAUCGUACAAAAUUUUAGAAAUUCUGUU